UAGGUGUAGCACAUAUUAUAUUGAGGAGAGACGUUUAGGGAAAGCAGUCAACUUCUUCCAUCAUGCUUAUCAACAUGCAAGUGUAAACAUUUCAAACUUAGCCUCACCCUAAAUUGAGAUGUAUUCCAACUUCCUCUUUAAUAUCUUUUACUUUUGUUUUUCUAUUUCCAAUCUAAACAGCAGCCAAAGCAAUGAAUUUUUUUGUUUGUUUUUCCACUAAAGGUGUUUUGUGUAAAUUGCCCAAAGUCUCGGGAGAAACAAACUAAUCAGAAAUCAACCAGCAUCCUCAAAAAGGAUUGUCUUCAACCUUCUACGUUACACUGUAUUUUUCUUUUAUGACUGAAUAAAUUAUUUUGGUGGUUAAAUACAUGGACCACUGCAUGUUAUAGCUUUCUAAGUAAGAAUAAUGAACUUUGUUCAGAAUGUGGUAUUUGUGUAUUGAAAGUGCUAACAAAAGCUGUCGGGUCCCACAUUUAGCUGGCCAUUGUUGUGAAACAGCCAAGUCAUUUCUCAAGAUUCUUUUCCCCUUGACCUUUUGUUCAAAACACGCAGCAGGACAAAGACGAAGGAAGUAAAUACUUCGUGCUUGUGCAGUAAUACGUGCUCGGUGAACUCAUGUCACAUCACAUCAGAAAUGAUACAAUUAGUUGGACUAUUGAAGAGUUUUAAUGCUCUCACGCAAACCUCCAUAGCGUAAGCAUUUUCAAAGUUAGUGGUUUAUAUCAGUACGGUACGUCAAGCUUGGGUAGUUUCUGUCAAUGUUUAAUUCUUCUCUCCUGAGGGGAAGGUAAGGGAGAAUGUUAGCAAAUAGACUACAGUACUGCGGUGUGCCCUCCUGAGAGAAGCAUUAAACUGAACACUGUUCUCAUUAGUUACACAUGUAGACACAUGCCACUCAACAGAGACUGAUGCUGAUACUUUGCACACUUGAGGAUCGGCCCGGAGUCCGUGAAAAAAUGUAGGCUCGCUGGAAUUCACUUUACGACAGGGGAUAGUGCUCUUAAACUGGAAGAAUCAACCACAUCUGGAGCCUGGGGGACUCGAGAAUGCAACUGCUGUUGAAGCUUGGGAGUUUUUCUAAGCAAAUGAAACAUGGCCAGCACUGCAAUUCAGCUACUGGGUUUCUUCUUGAGCCUUCUCGGGUUUGUAGGAACUCUAGUUGCCACUCUGCUCCCACACUGGCGCAGCUCAGCUCACAUCGGGCCGAGCAUCAUCACGGCAACGGCCUACAUGAAAGGCCUUUGGAUGGAGUGCGUGUGGCACAGCACGGGCAUUUAUCAGUGUGAGCUGUAUCGAUCCCUCCUGGCGCUGUCGCAGGACAUGCAGGCUGCCCGUGCACUCAUGGUGCUGUCCUGUGUGUCUUCGGUCCUGGCCGUUGUGGUUUCUGUGAUGGGGAUGAAGUGCACCUACUUUGCCCAAGCCUCAUUAAUCAAGUCUCCUUUGGUGAUGAGUGGAGGGAUCUGUUUUGUCUGUGCUGGUUUACUCUGCUUGACCACGGUAUCCUGGACCACCAAUGAUAUCAUCAAAGAUUUUUAUGAUCCCUUCCUUCCGAGCGGCACGAAGUACGAGAUCGGGCUAGCGGUGUAUCUCGGUUACGUGUCAGCCUGUCUCAGCUUGUGCGGAGGAUUGGUACUAUGCUGGAGAAGCAGCGGCCAGAGGUCACAGGAGCAUCCUCAAAGGCAUAGGGGACAGCCUUCACCCCCUCCUCCUUACAUCAACAACAGCUACCCCCCGGCCCCCCCAUACAAUCCUCCAGAGGCCCUCAAGGAUAAUCGUGCCCCCUCACGCUGCUCUGUCUCCAGCAAUGGCUACAGACUUAAUAAUUAUGUAUAAUGUUUGUGUGGAACAGCUUGCUUUACACCAGCACGCCUAAGCACUGCAAUGAAGGGAAUUACCAUAAGACACUAACACUUACUAAACUUUUUCGAAUCACACACAGUAACCGAACUUAUUACACUGCAAUGUGGCUAAAGUACCGCUAGAUGGCAAAAUUCGUCAGGAGAUAGAAACCGCAGCGAGAACUUAGGAGGCUGUUAUAACGGUCCUAUUCAUGCAGACCAGAUGCUUCUCCUUUUUGAAAGCAUUUAUAUUAAAAUUCUUACCGAAAGACAAUAUGCUGCAUAAUUAUGUCCGUUUCAAGAAUACUUUUUCACUUGGUAACGUCAGGAAAAUCACUCAUAAAAUGUGUUUUUGUGCUUUAUUUUACCAGACAACAAUCAAAUGUGGCACUCAUUUGUCAUCCAUCAUUCAUUGAUUUACAUUGAUUUUCUGUACGCAAAUCAUGUAUCACAUUUUCACAUUAUUUGUAACAAUAUUCCAUAAUAUUAAACUGAAUGUAGAGUCUCUCACAAAGCAUUCAUUAGGCUGCAUGUACUGUACAAGUGGUUUAUAAGAAAAGCUCCCAAUUAGAGCUUCACUGUGUGCCCGUCAGCCUGUCAGCUGAACAGCGGCCAAAUUACGAAACCUGUCA